AUGGACGAGAUGCACCGUAUCCUCACUCGCAUUCGUAUUGCCAAGUUGCAGUCCGAAGUCCGCGCCAAGGGAGGCAACGAGGCCCAAGGCGUGCCCGUCCGCCGCAAGCGAGCCCUCAGCGCUUCCAGCACCGGCAAGAAGCAGUCCAUCCUCGGUCGCAAGUAG